CCUUCCUGCCCGCCUCCCCGGGCGGAGAGCACCGGCCCGGCCGCCUCCUCCGCCCCCUCCCCGUCCCCGUCCCUCUCCCUUCCCACCCGGCCCCGCUGCCAGGGGCGAAGCCGCCCGCCGGGCCCCGCGGCUUUUUUUCUUGGAUUUUAUUAUUGGAAAACUCUCUAAUGACAACAUUGCUUAGGAGCUGAGUGUCGUGACCUGCCCUGCUCCUGCCCACUUGGUGUGGCAACGACCUGAAGGACGUCUUGGAGCCACGUGUACUGCUUCAUGCAGUUAAAUGUUCUGAGGUCAUGAAACUUAAUCCACAGCAAGCCCCGUUAUAUGGUGACUCUGUUAUUACAGUGCAGCUGACUGAGGAAGAUAAAGUUGAAGAUGAUGUAGUUUUUUAUUUGGUCUUCACUGGAUCAACUGUCCAACACUGCACAAGCACGAGAAAGAUUAAUCCUGGGAGUCUGGAGACAAUUUCUCCUGGCCAUGACUGUUGUGAGACAGUGAAGGUGGCACUUUGUGCCUCCAGAGAAGGUCACCCUGUUCUGGUUGUGGCAGAAGAGAGUUUCCAGUUUGUCCAGGAUGAAGCCUACGAUGCCGCCCAGUUUCUGGCCACCUGUGCUGGCAACCAGCAGGCGCUGAACUUCACGCGGUUCUUGGACCGGUCAAGACCCCCUGCUGCAGACGUGGACUUUCUGGAUGAGAAAGUGGCUUUGGCGUUUCGACACCUGAAACUUCCAGCAGAAUGGAACGUGCUGGGAGCAGACCAGUCCCUGACCGAGAACAUCCCUCGGGAGACACUGAUGCAUUUCGCGGUGAGGCUGGGUCUGCUGCGGCUGACGUGGUUUCUGCUCCAGCAGCCGGGAGGAAGAGGAGCUCUGAGCAUCCACAACAACGAAGGGGCAACGCCCGUCAGCUUGGCCUUGGAGAGAGGCUACCAGAAGCUGCACCAGCUUUUGACAGAGGAGGAGGCCAGGGAGCCGGACUCCUGGAGCACCUUGUCUCACACGGUGCACUCGGGGGACUACAGCGUGAAGCACCACCGCGGGCUCGACGUGUACCUGCUGACGGCUGAGGCCAAGGAAGGAGCGGCAUCCAGCUGGGAGAGGGACAUACAGCACCUCCAGAUGCACAUGCAGAGCCACCAGCACAAGAGUUCAAGGCAGCAGACAGAGCCUGUACUGGGGGAUUCUGGAGACAGUUGUGCUAAAGGAGCAGAGCCAGAUCGUCACCUGACCACUACCUCUCAGAGCCUUGAAGAAAUGGCAAGAGAAGAAAGGCAGGAAAAUCCAUCUGAUCUGGGUCACCUGGACUUUAGGCAGCUCUCAGACCAAACCCAACAGGAGGAGAAAUGCAUCAGCAGGAGUUUGGGAACUUUAAAUGAUGCACCCAAUAACUUGGUUAGCCUGGGGGAUGGAAACAGCCCAGAGUCAUUCUAUGAAAGUAAAAACACAGAGAUAUUGUGUAAAAAGGAAGAGGUGGGGCCAACCUCUGCUGAAGGCUCUGGGACUGUAUCAGAUGAGAAGGAAUGCACCGUGAGCUCAUGUGCAAGUGUAAACGGUGCUGUAAAUCUUCCAUCCUCUGGAAAUACAAAUGAGGCAGCUGGAAUGACAUCUGCUGGAGUUGUUCUGGAUCAAGCUGGCUUGGGCAGCACAGAUAUUGCCCAUCAGGAAGUGCAAGGUGCCGAGGAGUGUGCAGCUGGCAGUGCUGCUGCUGUGGUUGCAGCUGCAGGUGAAGCCCCAGCUUCCUCGGAGGGCCUGGAUGUGGUUAUGGGCCAGACUGAAUGCAGGAACUGUGCCGGGGCCGCUGAGAGGGCUGCGGGCCAGCAGCAGGGAGAGGAUGGGAUGGCAGAGGCGGGCGAGAGGACUGCAAACCUGGAAGAGGAAUCUCCAGCUAAGGAGGAGUCAGCCAGUGCUGCUCAGCCCUUACUCAGUGGUUUUAAUGGCACUGAGUGUUCGGAUGGGGAGGAUGCAAACACGGGAGUGGCACCGGCGUGGGAUGGUACAAAUGCAGAUGGUGGCACUGGCGAUGUCUCUGUUGACCUUUGCAAGACUGGCGAUAACAAAGAGACUGGAUCAUGCACUGCUCAGGUAGACGGUGACUUUGUAGAAAGCCAAGGCAAUGCCUGUGUCACAGCAAGUCAGGAUGUCACUGCGAGUGCUGGAGAAGCACUACCAGCAGUGAAUGGAGUGAAGGUUCCUGCAUGUGCAUCCAAACCUGAUCCUGGUUCGGAGAUCCAUGGCAGCGGUAAGAGCGGGGAGCGAGAAAGGCGGGUGGAAGAGGGUUGCACAGAUGGAAAAUCCAGCUUACCCUCACUGGAAGGCAGUGUGGAAACUGAUGGCCCUGAUGCUGGACCUGAAAGCAGUGGUGUUGGUGGAUCUAAUGGAAGCGGUGCAGAAGCUGAGCAUUGCCAGGAGAGCAGUGAGAUCACUGACCAUGGGGCUGAAGCAAUGGAGAGUGAAAAGGAGCCAGUAGGAACUGAUACCAGCAGCCCCAGAGAUGGAGGAAGUGUAAAUUCUGCAGGUCAGGAAGUUGAUGGCUGUUGCCUUUCUGCUGCUCAGACUGGCAUUAAAGAUGAAAUGGGCAACAGCUUCAAACCAAUCACUGCUCAGGAGAGCGAACAUGAGCCUGCAUCGCUCCCUCCAGAGGACAUGAGCACAGGCCUGGCAGAGAAGGAGCCUGCCCAGACUGAAGCAGAGAGAGUGGAAAGUGCCGCAGAGCAGGAGGGGCUGAACAAUGAGGUGCAAUCGCCUGCUCCCCUGCCCAGAGGAGAGGGACCGGCUGUGAGUCAGGAGGGAGAUGCUGCAGUGGCACCUCCUGGGCAGGAGGCAGCUCUGCAAGGUAAUGACCCUGGAUUAGUGCCAUGUGCCAAUGGUGGUGACUGUGCCAAGGAUAAUUUAAUGGGCACACCCUCUGCAAUUCAUAAUGAGGACUCUAAACAAAACCAGGAAGCAGUGGCGGCGGGGGCAGACUCGGCAGAGCUCUCCUGGCAGCACGGCGGGGAGCAUGGCGGGGUAGCUGCCGGCAGGCCCGGGGACCGUGCUGGGGAUGAGGGCUCCCUGGAGCAGGGCCUCUCUCAGGCUGAAGGAGGCAAAGCUGAGCCUGAGUGGGAGGCUCAUGCGAAUGGCAAGGAGCAGGUUUUGUCAGAGGAACUUCCUGCUGCUGUUGUGAAAUCCUCUACCUGCAGUCUCGGGGGGCCUGUGGUGGGCAGCAGCAAUGUGGAUGCUGGGCUGAAAGGGACAGUCCAACCUGAAGAAGCGUGGAAGGCCGGAGCAGUGGCCGCAGGAGAAGGCACCAUGCAUGGACCUGCAUCAGCAGAUGAGUCACUGGGUGCGGAGAGUGACCCCUGUCUGAAUGCAGGGCUGAACCAAGAACAUGAUCCCAGUCAGACCCUACAACGAAUCUCCCUGCACAGCAGCACCUCUGAGUUAAAGGACACCUCAGAAAUGGGAGCCCCGAGUGAUGCCUGUGAGGGUAAGGAAGUACUGAGGCCGGUGACAAUGACCCCUGUUGCAGCAUAUCCGCAGGAGCAGGAGGACACGGAGAGCGUGCUUCCCCGGGCAGCACUCCAGCCCAUCGCAGAGGAGCCCACGUGUGACAGCGACUCCAGCACCGACACCGUUUGUCCGGCUGGCGAGAGUGAUGCUGGUCCUGUUGGGAAAGCAGCUCAAGGGGAGGCCUUGGAUGAGUGCGAUGGAAAGCAAAGCCAAGCUGUACCUGAAUUGCCCUUCUCACCAUGUUCCUGCCAUUUACCUGCUGUUGAGUCACUGGAAAAUGUUGGAGUAAAGAGUUUGGUAUCGGCAGACGAUGGCUCCUCUCUGGAUAAAGUUCCUAAAAUGGUAAAAAGUUUCGAUGCAGUGGUUUUUGCAGCAGAGAUACCUUGUUCCUCUGAAUUACCAGCCCCAGAAAAAGGGGUGCUCGAGCCCCAGGCUGCAGUGGAUGUUGGAGUCAGCCUUAAUGGAGAAAUGGAUUUAAGUUCCUCAACAAAGAAGAAGAAUGUCAGUCUGGCAGUGCAAGGAGCUGAGCCUGUUACAGGGAAGCUGGAAAUGAAAACUGAGGACGAGGUGGAUUUUCUGAAGGACGGCACCGAGAGCGCAGCCUGCGAGGUAGCGAUAAACCGCGAGAGCUGGUGUUCGCUGGAGCCAUGUCCCGAUCCCUCCCUGCUGGAGCGCAAGCGGACGCGGGAGUCUCCAGAAUGUGAGAACUUCCUGGAGGAUGGGCUGAGUGGUGUCUGUGCCUCGUCACAGGGUGGUCUUAAAAGAGAGUCCGGGAGCGAGUCUGACCUCUUCCCCUUGUCUGGUGAUGGGAUGGAAGACCUUGUCUUUGGAAAGCAGCCUGAAGAGGAGCAGUCUGCAUGUGAUGUCACCAGCUCCAGUUCCUCUGCAGAUGACACUAUGUCCCUGGAGAGGAACUCAUCCCUGGGCAGCGACACAUCCCUUCCCUUCCCACCGACUGUGAACUUUGCCCAGCCCAAGGACAGGCACAGCCUGGAUGGCAGCUGCACCAACAUGGUGGCCUCCGAGGGAGGGGAGAAGGAAGAGGAGCUGGACAGUAUCACAGAUGUGCCCACCCAUUCCUCUGUCUUACGCAACUCCAUGCGGCCACUGUCUCCCUUCCGUCGGCACAGCUGGGGGCCGGGGAAGAAUGCCACCAACGAAGCAGAAAUAAACCAGAGGAGUUCAAUGCGAGUUCUGGGGGAUGGUAUAAAGAAGCCUCCCAUUCAUAGGAGAAGUUUGAGCUGGUGUCCCUCAGGCGUACAGUACCUUGCCAUGGGUCCUGACUUUACUUGUAGAAGUUACAGCCUAGAAGGCCUUGCUGGAGACUCUGCUGAGAACAAGAAGCCCUCUACAAACUUGGAGGCUUCUUCCCUGAGCUCCAAAGACCUCAGGCGGAGUCCACUUGCCAGCAAUCAGUGUGGGUCCCUGGUCCUGCUCACUGAAGAGCAAGGAGAAAUCAGAGACUAUGGUCACCAGGCGCGUCAGACAUCGCAGCCACAAGGAUUUAAUUUCUGUUCUGCUGCUGCUUCAUCUCCACUGACCAAAUCCAUGUCUCUAAUGUCAAUUAGCAAGCCAGUGCUCGACAGUACGCAGUCGUUCGGCGGCUCCACGGGUUCCUCAGUUCAGAGCAUAUCUGAAGAAAGCAGCAGUGUCCCCGCUGGCAAAGGUGUAACGAAAGUCAGUCGCACCUUCAGCUACCUCAGGAAUAAAAUGUCCAGCAGCAAGAAGAGCAAAGAAAAGGAGAAAGAUAAAGAGAAGACUAAAGAGAAGGACAAAGAUUCCAAGGAGAAGGAAAAAGAUAAGAAGCAGUCAAAUGGACAUGCCUUCACUGCAACCUCCGUUGUAGCCCAAGCAACCUGUUACCACUGUAUGAAGCCUUUCAAUAAGGAUUCGUACUACUGUGCAAACUGCAAUGCAAUUGUUCACAAAGGCUGUAAGGAGAGUUUUGCUUCUUGUGCAAAGGUCAAAAUGAAGCCACAGAGAGGGAUGCUGCAGGCACAUGAUACCUCUUCAUUACCCACAGUAACCAUGAGAAACAAAAGCUCGCAGCCCAAGGAGCGCCCUCGCUCUGCAAUCCUUGCUCCUGAGGAAAGCACUGUCGCCUCAAUGUUCAACAACAGGAGAUCAUCACAGCAGCCUACAGCACUUUCUAAAAGUGUCUCCAUACAGAACAUUGCAGGCAGAGUUGGGAACGAUGACAGCUUAAUACACACUUGGAAAUACCUGUCGCAGUCAACAGACUCCUUACAUAAAAUCAGCCGGGUGAACGAAUCCAUGGAGUCACUGGUUGAUGAAGGAGCGGACAUGAAUGAAGGACAGCUCAUGGGAGAACUGGAAUUAGAUUCCAAGCAGCUGGAGGCAGAGUCCUGGAGCCAAGUAGUGGACAGCAAGUUCCUACAGCAGCAAAACAAAGAUGUUGUCAAACGGCAAGAUGUCAUUUAUGAGCUAAUGCAGACAGAAAUGCAUCACGUCCGCACCCUGAAGAUCAUGAACGAUGUGUACAGCGCAGCAAUGAUGAAGGAGCUGCAGUUUGAUCAACAACUCAUUGACAAGAUCUUUCCCUGCCUGGAAAACUUGCUGCAAAUCCACAGUAACUUUUUCCAGCGGAUUCUGGAAAGGAAGAAGGAGUCAUUGGCAGACAAAAGUGAAAAGAACUUUGUUAUCAAGAGGAUAGGUGACAUCCUAGUGAAUCAAUUCUCUGGUGACAGCGCCGAGCGAAUGAAGAAAACCUAUGGAAAAUUCUGCGGGCAUCACAACGAGGCACUCAAUUGCUUCAAAGAGUUGUACUCCAAGGACAAGCGGUUUCAGGCAUUUGUCAAGAAAAAAAUGAGCAGCUCCCUGGUGAGGCGUCUUGGGAUUCCUGAAUGUAUCCUGUUGGUAACGCAGAGAAUCACAAAGUACCCUGUCCUUUUACAAAGGAUACUGCAGUACACCAAAGAAAACGAAGUGGAACAUGAAGACUUGACUCAGUCAUUAAACCUCGUUAAAGACGUGAUUGCUGCAGUCAACAGCAAAGUCAGCAAUUACGAGAAGAAAAUGCGUCUUGGUGAGAUUUACAACCGGACGGACAGCAAGUCCAUCAUGAGGAUGAAGAGUGGCCAGAUGUUUGCAAGAGAGGACUUGAGGCACCGGAAACUCAUCCGAGAUGGGCCUGUUUCACUAAGAAGUGCAGCUGGACGGCUAAAAGAAGUCCAGGCUGUUCUCCUCUCUGACAUGCUCGUGUUCCUUCAGGAGAAGGACCAGAAGUAUGUGUUUGCCUCAUUGGACCAGAAAUCCACUGUGAUCUCUCUGAAGAAGUUGAUAGUGCGGGAAGUGGCUCAUGAAGAGAAGGGUUUGUUCCUGAUCAGCAUGGGCGGAAAAGAUCCCGAAAUGGUGGAAGUCCAUGCCAGCUCCAAAGAAGAACGUAACGGCUGGAUCCAGAUAAUUCAGGACACAAUGAACACCAUGGAUAGAGAUGAAGACGAAGGAGUCCCUUGUGAGUCUGAGUUCGAAAAGAAAUUGUCUGAUGCAAAAGUGAGAGGAUUGAAAGAACAACUUCAGCAGAAGGAUAAGCAGAUCCUGCUCUUGCUGGAGGAGAAGACGAAGAUCUUCCGGGACAUGGCAGACAGUUCUGUGCAGGAGGAGAUGCCAGGCUCCAGGCUGCUCUUCAGAGCCAACACAGAAGAGGCUCCAAAAGGAGAGGCCAUUAUGAAAACAGCAAUAAAUGAAGUCGAACUGCUGCAAGACCUGGUGAACAGGAGCCUGGGCACUGCCCUCGGACAGCAGGUCAGCAGCACUGCCAUGGAACAGGAAGGAGGAGUUGGCCCCGUCUCUCUUCCUAGAAGGGCAGAAACUUUUGGAGGAUUUGACAGUCAUCAGAUGAACGCUUCCAAGGCAAAGCAGAAGGGAGGUGUUUCCUCCUGCAGAGAGGUGGAAGGUCCCAGGACGUGGCGCAGGAGAGAAGGUGGAGCAAAAGAUGAAGGUGAUGAUGCUCAGGACCUUCGAAGAACAGAAUCAGACAGCAUUUUAAAGAAGGGUGGAAAUGCUAAUCUGAUGUUCAUGUUGAAAAGGAAUAACGAGCAGGUCCUCCAAACCAUUACCAGCCUCCAUAAGCUGCUCAGUGCUUUGCAGGGCGUCGUGCUGCAGCAGGACACCUACAUUGAGGACCAGAAGCUGGCUCUGAGUGAGAGGGCUCUGACCCGAAGCUUCUUCCGGCCGACCUCGCUGCUGGAGCAGGAGAAGCAGCGCAGCCUGGAGAAGCAGCGCCAGGAGUUGGCCAACCUGAAGAAGCAGCAGACGCAGCACCAGGAGGAGAGGCGGAGGAGAGAGAAGGAGUGGGAAGUCCGGGAGAAGGAACUGGCAGAGCAGGAGGCCCAACUGGCCCAGCGCGAGGAGCAGGUCCAGAGAAGGUGGCAGGAGCUGGAGCGGGAGCGAGAGGAGCUGCAGAUGAAGAAGGCUGCCUACCAGCUCGACCUGGAGAGGCUUCGCACGGCGCAGAAGCAGCUGGAGAGGGAGAAGGUGCAGCUCAAGCAGGAUAUGGAGCGAUUAUCUCAAAUGCGGCAGGAGCCUGACCACAACCAGGUUUCAAAUCUACAUGAGAAACUUGCAAGAGUCUCCUCCCAGUCCAGCAUCGAUGAAUCCUCCAAGCAGAAGAGCCCUUCCCUUCCUAAACAAGGGCACUUUGAUGCAGAACUGUCUGUCUCCCCCAAAAGGAACAGUCUUUCAAGGACACACAAAGAGAAAAGCACUUUCCAUUUGCUUAGCACAACAAACCAGACUAACAAGGCAGCUGAGGAACAGACUCAGAUGCCUACUCGCCUCUUCAGUUUAGCCAAACCAAAGGAGAAGAAGGAAAAGAAGAAAAAGAGCAGGGGACAUCGCUCCCAGCAGUCUGAUUCUCACUCGUCAGAAGCACCUCCAGAGGGUGAGGAGAUCUUCUGCUGAGCACAGACUGUUCCUGUGGCCACUCGUGGCAUUGGCACCGUGGACAUCUCCCUGCCUGUUACGCAGCACGUGGCUGGUGCCUGCGCUGGACAAGCAUCUGGAGGUUUUAAAUAAAACGUGUUAUGAAGUCUGUUAA